ACGAUGCAUGUGUGAUGUGUGAAAAACAGCUAGCUGUUCACCAUCCCUCACUAAAAACAUCACAGGCUGCUGCCUUGUUAUGUGGUAGAUUAGUAUAUGAGUUUUAUUCUUUAUUUUUCACCUCAGUUCUGCGCGGAGUCACUUCUAAUAAUAGCAACAAACACAUUCAAAACAACUGUGGCGCUGUUAAGCUAACGAGCACUAGCAAGAGGAAGCUAGCACUACCACACGGAAACACUCCAAGAUGGACGAAGCUGCUGCAGAGAUCAGAGAGGACGGAGCUGAAAACAAGACCCACGAUGGAGACACCACAUCUGAAAACAACGUUGAUCCAUCGGCUGAGGACACCGCAGAUGGGGUUGGGGUUUUCUGCUGUCGGGAUUGUGGAGAAGCCUUCAGAGAGGAGGCAGCUUUCUUGGAGCAUCGCCAUCAGCACCCACAAGAAAGCGUGCAUUUAGACAAACAGUUGGAUGGUUUACAUGAUGCAGAAAGGGACAAUGAAACAACUAAUUUCUGUACUAUAUGUUCACUAUCGUUUGUGGAACCAAGUGAAUUAAUCUCGCAUAUGGAAAAGUGCCAUGGUCAAACCUUGCAAAAGGAGUCUGGCAUUCAAAUAACUACUGGGAUAACAAAGCAACACACCUAUGAAUGUGCAGAAUGUGGGAAAUGUUACUUUGUGAUCGGACACUUCCUCAACCAUCAGCGCUCACACAGACAAGCCUCCAAAUCUGUUUUUCAUGAUCUUGAACAUUUGAAAAAGAAGUCAUUUCAAUGCGAGUCUUGUGGGCGGAAUUAUUCUCGAGCUUCAGCUCUCGAUGCACACCGUCGUUGUCAUGAAGGAAAAUUAGUCAAGUCACGAAACAAGAAUUCAGCAGAAGCAUUUCACACGGAGGAGUCAAUCGUUGAAGCCAAGCCCAGUGAAAGCCAGACUCCUGAGGUUACUCCUGAAAAAACCUUUAAGUGUUCAUGUGGUAAAGCUUUUACUGCCAUGAUGCGCCUUAAAACACAUCAACGAUUUAGCCGCAACAGUCUAUGCUCUCCAGAAGAAAUGAAAGAAAAACCUAAGAAAAGCUGCAAUGAGUUUUACUGUGAUGAGUGUAAAAAGGCUUUCACUGGACAUAUUGCCCUCUUUAACCAUCAGCGAUGGCAUGCCAAUCACUCUGAUGAUUCUGCGGAAAGGUUUCCUUGUGAGGAAUGUGGCAAAGUAUUUAUGACACUAACAUUCUACUACAGGCAUCAGCGCACGGCGCAUAGUAAGGAGACCCCAGCAAAGUCGUUUCUUCACCAAGUCUGUCAGCUGCAGAAAAAGGCAUUUGAAUGUAAAGAUUGUGGACUAAAGUUUUCGAGGGCUUCAGCACUUCACUCCCAUCAGCUUAAUCACACAGAUGUUUAUGGAGAAACAGAGAAGGAGUCUCAUGUGAGUACCUCUCUGCUACCUCAACAGAAAACUUUGGAUAACGAAAGAAAAGAGACUAAGCAAGAAGAAGUGACAUCAGAAAAUGUGCCUCCUAUAAGUGUGGUUGAAGAAGACUCACAUGCAAAUGAGAGUGAUGAAGACUUGGACAGUUAUGACCCUGGGGACUUUAUUGUUCAGGUGAUCAGUGCAAGUGAAUCUGAGGAUGAGGCCGCCCAAGACACAAAUCCUGAUCUUGAGCUGCUGUGUGAAUCAGAUCAGGAAAAUAAAAAUGAAGGCGACACUGGAGUUUCCCCCAGUAGUCUUGUUUUAAAACCAGAGAUGGAUUUGAAAAUUGUAGAAAUUGACUUUGAGCAAACUGAUGAACAAUGUGCACUGAUAGCGAAAGAAGCCGAGAAUAAAACGACAGAAGAAAGAUUUGAUUGCCCAGAGUGUUAUCGUUGGUUUUCUAGUGCUUCAUCACUGCGCGUUCACAGAAUGUGGCAUGGCGUUCGUAAGAGAAAACAGCAGAAUCCAGGUCAGUCUGUGGCAGUUCACACAUGUGACACAUGUGGCCACAAAUCUAAUAGCCAUGCAGCGCACUGCAGUCACAUUCAACAACACAAAAAUCCUAAAAGAAACAGUGAUGGUGAAUCAGAAGGAUUAGAGACGAAAAAUCUAGUGUGCAAUGAGUGUGGUAAAAGCUUCUCACGUUUGUCUGCUUUAGUCUCUCAUCAGCUGCAUCAUCCCAAAAGAAAACCAUAUCAAUGCCCAGAUUGCAUGAUGUCUUAUUCUUAUGCAGCUAGUUUUGUUAACCAUGUGAAAAACUGCUCGGCACAAAAGAAGGGGAAUAUUUUGGUCAGUAAAAAAGAAUACAAUCCAAAAAAGACCCUUUUAGGCCCAAAGAUUUAUCAUUGUGAACAGUGCGGGAAGGGGUUUUGGUCUUUAGGAGCUUAUUCCCACCACAAGCAAAGUCAGACUGAGUGUACAGAUUUAAGGCUUAGAAAAGGUGCCCCCGGAUCUCUGCACUCUGUUAAUGGACACCAACGGCCCAAGGUUGCAUGUCCAGUUUGUGGUAGACAGUUCCGUCACAAGGGCAUUAUGGCAUUGCACAUGCGAAAACAUGAAAACGGAAAUCACAAAUGUGAACUGUGCAACAGGUCGUUCCGUCUUUUUUCCAGCCUUCUCAGACACCAGGUUGUGCAUAGUGAGUUACUCCCACCACCCAUUAAGUCUUUUCAGCAUCAGGUAGAGCAGUUGAAAAAGAACACAUACAGCUGUCCUGACUGCGGGAAGCUGUUUUCACGGGCCAAAGCACUUCAGUUUCACAUGAAAAGCCAUGGGUACGAAACUGGUCACUCGCCAUCAUCGCCAAGAUCCACUGUCACGCUGGAGGACCUGCAGUGUGCGACAUGCCUCGCACAUUUUAACAACAAAGCUUCUUUGCGGGCUCAUCGCAAACUUUGCAUUAAAAGAGAAAGUCAAGUAGUUGAUUUUAAGACCGAACCCUCAGAAAAUGAAUAUACUCAAAAGGACAGUAUGGAUGUUAGCACACAGGGAAGCUCUGAGCAAAUAACACUACAUACUGAAGUAAAGCAGGAACAAGAGAGUGUGCAACCAAUGUUAGAAAAUCAAACGGGUGAAGGCAAAUUAGGCAACCCAAGCACAACAAAUUUAAAAUAUAAAUGCAAAAAGUGUGACAGAAGCUUUUCAGUGGCUGGAGCUUUGAAUUUUCAUAAAAGAAUUCAUGCUGAUGAUGACAAAUCUGCAAAAGCAAAAAUGGCUGUGUCUGUAAUGCUUAAAAAACCUAAACAGGAAGAGCCAAGUAAAGGACAUUUUCACUGCUCAGAAUGUGGGAGGAGGUUCAUGUCUAACUCGGCCCUCGGCUCCCACAGAAGAUGGCACAAAGAAAAGAAAUUAACACGGUCCUUGCUAAAAGAUGAUGAAUUGAAAUCUGAUAAAAGCAAAUCAGAGGAUGGCCCUUUUCAGUGCCAAAAAUGUGACAAACAGUUUUUUGACCGUCGUGUUCUCCAGCGUCACAAGAUGUUUAACCCUCGGUGUCAAACAAAAACGGAGCCAGAGCUCAAUUCAAACCAAAGCGUUGAGAGCCAUAGCAGACUGAACAAAUCUAAAUUUGUAUGUCUAGAAUGUAACGCAACAUUUGAGCAACAAUUUCUUCUGGCUGCCCACUAUGAAAAUGAGCAUAACACACUGGAAACUGCCGACCAUGCAGAAGACGGGCUCGCCAUGGUUGACCAGGAACCAAAACAGGUUGAUGUAAACUUCAGUCGGAGUGAGUUAAUGUCAUCAAUAUCAAAGCCAAAAGCUCACCAGUGCCCCAUCUGCUCUAUGACUUUUGCUAAGGCAAGAGGUCUGCAUGCCCACAAAUGGCAGGCCCAUUCCAAAAGGACAAAAAGUAAAAAUAAGAUCAUUUUGAAGAUAAAAAACAAUGCCUCAAGCAGUGAAGUCAAACGGACAGAACAAAUUAGUAACGUUGACAAAGAAAUGAAGAAAACUAGAGCAGCCCCCCCACUUGUAAGAUAUGUUUCCUGCCUUGACUGUGGGAAGCAGUGCAGUUCUACAGAGGCCCUGUUUGACCAUAAGAAAGUGUGCCACGAGAUAAAGGAAGAGAAGAUCAAAACACCUGAAACCGUAGCCGAGGUUUCCCCACCACUAAGCCGUCUAUCAGAGCAUAUAGCAAAAUGCCUAUUCAAGUGUGAUAAGUGUGGGAAAGCUUUCCAAACAGAGGAACACCUGGGGACCCAUAAGACCAAGGCAAAGAGCCGCCCUUAUUGUUGCGCCCUGUGCUGCAUCGGAUUUUGGUCUGAGAAUCAGCUGCAGCAACACCUCGCCUGGCACGAUGAAGUCCGUUGUCGUCUACCCAACGAGGUUCGGUAUAGGAUUGGCGCUGCUCUGACCUCAAAGCCUUUAAAAGCCAACGUCCCCUCUGCUGACACAAGGGGAACGCCCAGUUCAUCAGAGAACCAGUCACAAAAAAGCCAUAAGUGCCAACAUUGUGGCAAAGCCUUUCUUUCACCAACUGCAUUACAAAAACACGAAACACAGCACUGUAACAACGACUCGUAUCAUUGCUCCAUUUGCCCCAGGACCUUCAGUGAAAUACAGGACCUUAUCGAUCAUCACCAGGAAUGUAUUGGUGAUUACAAAAGGCAGAAUGAUGCCCCCGCUGCCGUCUCCUCAGUAGAUGCUGAUAGCCUUACUUGCCUUGAAUGUGGAACUACUUUCUGUCAAGAAACUGAUUUGCACAAGCACUACAUGGAGCAUGCCCAUGGAGUGUACUAUACUGUACAACCUGAAAAGGACUGAAGUGAAAACACUGUAGAUUGUUUUGGAGGAUGCCAAACUGCUUCAAUAUGUUCAACUGCAUAAUUAUAAGAUAGAAAUGUGUUUAGACUAAGUAGAAAGUCUCCUUUUUGUUUGUAGACUAUUUGAAAUUCUUUAUAUAUAUAUAUAUAACAAAAAAAAAAAAAAAAUCAUUUUCUUUUCAGGCAUCCGUUACACUGGAUUGGUAACUGUGCAAAUGUUUCAAAAAUAACCUCUUUAUAUAAAUGAUGUUGUAAUGUCACAAUUAUUAAGAGCCACCGGUUGAUUUGUUCCGUUAUGAUUUGAAUUGUCAAGAGUUGAACCGUGGUUAUCUUUUUGGUGAAAAUUGACUUGAGUAUGGUAGUUUAUAUCUAGAUAUAUAACAAAAGGAUUGGAAACAUAUAUGCAUGUACAUGUUUGUCAUCAAUCUGAACAGUGCGGCUGACUCGCUACAUAUUUUCAAAUUUUAUGAAUUUAAAUAUUUCUGCACAACUAAGAUAUAAUGAAUUUGCUUGUGUCCUUUGAAUACCUGAGGUACAGGUUAUCGCAACCAUUAACUACCAAAAAACACAUUUCAAUUUCAAAUAAUUGUAAGUUAUGUACAAUACGUUUACCAUUAGUUGAUGUAGAAGCCCUCGUGCUCUUUCUUUUUCAGUAUUGUGUUUCUCUGUUGUGGAUAUACUAUUCCUUAUGUAAACUAAAAUAGUGCUUAAGUUCAUGUAGGAUAGUUGUUAGUUUACUGUGCCACUUAAAAAGUAUUUGGAUUAUAGAAAAUAUGUUACUUUGUUUUAUUAAUUUAUGAAAAACAUUUUUUUCUUAGAUGACCAUUAUACUUGUUUAACUUGCUGUUUCCAAA